UCCCCCACCCCGUAGAAUUGUGGGAUUGCAAUGGCUGCUCCCUAUCAUGGUAAACAUAAGCGUUGUGUUUGCGACAGCCGCAGUUGAGCUGUUUUCAGUUGCCACGCACGGGUCUGUAUUUUCCCGGACUGCUUAGCCGACCGUCAGUUGAUCUAAAAUCUUCACCUUCAUGUGAGAGUUUCUGCUUUUUAGACCCAAACAAACACGCGGAGGUUUUCCGCAGUUUGCCUCCCGGCCUUCUGAUAGCCAGCUAACGCUAGGUGCUGUAUCUGAGAUAAUGGAUGACGAUGUGUCCAUGCAUAGACUUGAAGGGACUGAUCCAGCUGCUCAAGUUGGUGGACUCAUAGUAAAGAAGAAGAGUGCUGCUGCAGAGCCCCAUGUUUUUCGGGUGCCCACACCACGCACCUCCUUGCUGGGCUUGGAUCUGCUGGCAGCCCAGAAAAGGAAGGAGCGUGACAAUAAGGAACCAGGAGGUGAUGAGAAACAUAACAAGAAGUCAAAGGUUUCCUCCUACAAGGACUGGGAGGAAGGUAAAAGUGACUCUGGCUCGGAUGAAGAAGACUGUGACAAGAACAGAGCUGCUAAGAAGGAGAGCAGGAAAUAUCGUGUGACUGGCUCUGAGACACCCUCAAACCCUGGAGGGGUCAGUGAAGAGUUCCGGCGCAGACACCAGCAGAGGGAGAAAGACAAACGUGAACAUGGAGUCUACGCCUCUUCCAAAGAGGACAGAGAGCGAGAAAGGAGCAGAGAUAAGGACAGAGACCGGCGGAGUGAAAGAGAUGAGCGAGAGAGCAGCCACAGCCGUGGCAGGAGCAGCAGCCGGUCGGAGCGGUCGGAGCGUGGCGAGAGGAGCGAGCGCUCGCAGAGGGACGGCUGGUCCGAUCGCAUCAGCCGGGGGACUAAGAGAGAUGAACCCCUGACACCACAGCAUCGGCCCAGAGAUUCUUUCACACCCUCUCGCUCCAACUGGGAGGAGGAUGACAGUGGUUAUGCCAGUUCACGGCAUUCCCAGUGGGAGUCUCCCUCCCCCGCUCCGUCUCACAGAGAGUCAGAUCGCUCAGAGAGAAGCCAUCGUUCAGGCCGAGAGAGUGAGCGGAGGGACAGGUCAGUCAGAGGUCGCUACCCUAACGACACACCCCUCCCCACCCCGUCAUACAAGUACAAUGAGUGGGCCAAUGACAGAAAGCAUUUGGGUUCUACUCCUCGUUUAUCACAAGGAAAAGGGAGGAAAGAAGAUGGUGAGGGAGGAAUUAUUUUUGAAAAUGAGGGUGAGAAAGAACAGUGGCAGGAGGACCAGAAGCAAGCCGACAGAGAUUGGUACAUGAUGGAUGAAGGCUAUGAUGAGUUCCACAACCCUUUCACUUCCACCUCUGAUGACUAUAUAAAGAAACGAGAGCAGAUCCUUCAGAAGCAGACUCAAAAAAGAAUAUCUGCCCAGAAACGGCAGAUCAACGAGGAUAACGAGCGGUGGGAGACCAACCGCAUGCUGACCAGCGGUGUGGUGCAGAGGUUGGAGGUAGAUGAAGACUUUGAGGAGGACAAUGCUGCUAAGGUUCACCUGCUGGUUCACAACCUGGUUCCCCCCUUUCUGGAUGGAAGAAUAGUCUUCACCAAGCAGCCAGAGCCUGUCAUCCCUGUGAAAGAUGCUACCUCUGACAUGGCCAUCAUCUCUCGUAAAGGCAGCCAGCUUGUCCGUAAACACCGUGAGCAGAAAGAGCGCAAGAAGGCACAGCACAAACACUGGGAAUUGGCUGGGACCAAGUUGGGGGAUAUCAUGGGGAUCAAGCAGAAGGAGGAUGAAGACUCCUCUGGGGGCAAACCAGUUGGUGAGGACGGCAAAGUGGACUACAGAGCAGAACAGAAAUUUGCAGACCACAUGAAAGAAAAGUCUGAGGCCAGCAGCGAGUUUGCUAAGAAGAAGAGCCUUCUGGAACAGAGACAGUACCUGCCUAUUUUUGCUGUCAGACAGCAACUUCUUAACAUCAUAAGGGAUAACAAUAUAGUGAUUGUUGUUGGGGAGACAGGCAGUGGCAAGACCACCCAGCUGACUCAGUACCUGCAUGAGGAUGGCUACACUAGCUAUGGUUUGGUGGGUUGUACUCAGCCCCGAAGAGUAGCAGCCAUGAGUGUGGCCAAGAGAGUCAGCGAGGAGAUCGGUACUAACCUUGGAGAGGAGGUGGGCUACGCUAUCCGUUUUGAGGACUGCACGUCCGAGAAAACGCUGAUAAAGUACAUGACAGACGGCAUCCUGCUCAGAGAGUCACUGAGGGAGUCGGACUUGGACCACUACAGCGCUAUUAUCAUGGACGAAGCUCACGAACGCUCGUUGAAUACUGAUGUGCUCUUCGGCCUGCUGCGUGAGGUUGUAUCUCGACGUGCUGAUUUGAAACUCAUAGUUACCUCUGCAACUAUGGACUCUGACAAGUUUGCUGCAUUUUUUGGCAACGUACCGAUAUUUCACAUUCCAGGAAGAACCUUUCCGGUAGACGUCUUGUUUAGCAAGACACCUCAGGAGGACUAUGUGGAGGCAGCAGUGAAGCAAGCCCUGCAGAUCCACCUCAGUGGGUUGGUAGGAGACAUCCUCAUCUUUAUGCCUGGGCAGGAGGAUAUUGAGGUGACAUCAGAUCAGAUCGUGGAGCGGUUGGAGGACUUGGAGAAUGCUCCUCCUCUGGCUGUGCUGCCUAUCUACUCCCAGCUGCCUUCUGACCUCCAGGCCAAGAUCUUUCAGAAGGCUCCAGAUGGUGUGAGGAAAUGUAUUGUUGCUACAAACAUUGCAGAGACCUCCCUCACUGUGGAUGGAAUCAUGUUUGUCGUGGAUUCAGGAUACUGCAAACUUAAGGUGUUCAAUCCUCGCAUUGGAAUGGAUGCUCUACAGGUUUAUCCCAUCAGCCAGGCUAAUGCCAACCAGCGUUCUGGCAGAGCAGGACGUACAGGACCAGGCCAGUGUUACAGGCUCUACACUCAGAGCGCCUUUAAAAAUGAAAUGCUGACGACCACCAUACCAGAGAUCCAGAGGACCAACCUGGCCAAUGUGGUCCUGCUGUUGAAGUCUCUGGGAGUUCAGGAUUUGCUCCUCUUCCACUUCAUGGAUCCACCUCCUGAGGACAACAUGCUCAACUCCAUGUACCAGCUCUGGAUCUUAGGAGCUCUGGACAACACGGGUGCUUUGACGCCGACGGGGCGUAUGAUGGUGGAGUUUCCCCUCGACCCCGCCCUCUCCAAGAUGCUUAUUGUGUCCUGCGACAUGGGCUGCAGUGCUGACAUCCUCAUCAUUGUCUCCAUGCUGUCUGUGCCAUCCAUCUUCUACAGGCCUAAGGGUCGUGAGGAGGAGAGUGACCAGGUGAGGGAGAAGUUCUCAGUCCCAGAGAGCGACCACCUCACCUACCUUAACGUCUACAUGCAGUGGAAGAACAACAAUUACUCAAGCAUCUGGUGCAAUGAGCACUUCAUCCACACCAAGGCCAUGCGUAAGGUGCGUGAGGUGCGCUCCCAGUUAAAGGACAUCAUGGUGCAGCAGAGGAUGAACCUGAUUUCCUGCGGCUCAGACUGGGACAUCAUCAGAAAGUGUAUCUGUGCUGCUUACUUUCACCAGGCUGCCAAGCUCAAGGGCAUCGGUGAAUAUGUGAAUGUGAGGACAGGCAUGCCAUGUCACCUCCAUCCUACCAGCUCUCUGUUUGGUAUGGGCUACACCCCUGACUACAUCAUCUACCACGAGCUCGUCAUGACCACAAAGGAGUACAUGCAGUGUGUGACUGCUGUGGAGGGAGAAUGGCUGGCUGAACUUGGACCCAUGUUUUAUAGCGUCAAACAAGCAGGAAAAAGCAGACAGGAGAAUCGUCGUCGGGCCAAGGAGGAGAUCACCAACAUGGAGGAGGAGAUGUCCCUGGCUGAGAAGCAGCUGCGAGCACGUCGAGAGGAGCAGGAGAAGAAGAGCAACGCUGGUAGUGUUAGGGCAGUGAAAAUCUUCACACCAGGAAGAAAAGAAGAGGCCCCCAUGACACCCAGACGCACCCCAGCCCGCUUUGGACUGUAGGACACCCCAGCCCAACAUCCUGUCAACCACGUCGGCUCCUAUAGACUCACUCAGGACCUCGACCACAUCAUCAUGAGCAAACACAGUAACUUCCAGGUGGCGUUUUCCCCUCCCAGAAGGACCAGAGCUAACUGCAGUUCAUGAACUGACCACUAGAGUGAGAACUUGUAUAAGGCACAACAUUCAAAGAUGAGCCACGUCCAUGCAAAUGCCUCCCUCCACUUUUCAGCCAAAAGCUGUUUCCAUGGUAUGUUUUCAGGAAAAAAAAAGGACUGUUUUUUUUUUUGUUUUUUUUUUUUCUUUUUGUAGAUCCAGUAUUUAUAUGUGGUCAUUAUCAAGUGUUUUUACUGAUGUCUCUAUAGUGAUUUUACCUGAGCUAGAAACAUUUAAUUUUCUAUGGUCAUUUGCAUUCUCUCCGUCUUGUAUCAUCAGAAGAAAAAUUGUGAUUUAAUUUCGAUGUUGCUUCUCUUAGUGUCCUUGCAGUUACUAGGUCUUGUACUGCUGUGGCUUGAGCAGCGUGUGCCGCCAUGAAGUACUCCUCUACAGACUGAAGCACUGUGCUAACUGUACUUGUGGCAUGAGUGUCUUCAGACUUGUGUUGUAAUACCACCAAAUACACACACACAUGCAGGCUUGAGCAAUUGACCUUUCUACUUUCUGUUAACCUUCUUCCAACAGCGUAAUGUACCACAGCUUUGCUUCAUACGAAAUGUUAUCACGCCGGAUUAAACAUAUCAACUGUU